AUGAGGAGUCCAGGGAACUUGGUGCCUCUGCUCAUCAAAUGGCUAGCCUUCUGUCACUCCAGCGCGCUCUCACAUUCCUACUGUGUGCACCAGGGUGUAAUGAAGUUGGCCUAUGCAGACACAUUGCCCAAUGUGGUCUCUGGUCUUACUGCCCUUUUGGUGGUCAUGGGCGUGGAUUCCCUGCUCCUUGUCCUGUCCUACACUCUCAUCCUGCCCACGGUCCUGGGGCUGGCCUCUCCCAGGGAGAGCAUCCGGGUCCUCAACACCUGUGUCUCCCAUAUCCUGGCCAUCUUUGUCUUCUUUAUUCCAGGUAUCACCAUGUCCAUGAUCCACCAUUUUGGGAGGCACCUGCCCCCCAUUGUACAUGCCCUUGUUGCCUAUGUGUACCUGCUGGUGCCCCCUGUGCUCAACCCCAUCAUCUACAGUGUCAAGUCCAAGCCCAUCAGGGAGGCCAUGCUCAGGGUCCUGAGGGGGAAAGGUCAGAGUUGA